AUGAUCAAUGAGGAAUUACAAAAAGCACAAAAAGAAAAUAAUAAUAUUUCAGAGCCUCAACAACAAGAACAAACAGAAAAAGAAGACUCAGAAGAUCAGAGAACUUCUGAAAUUAAAGCUCAAUUAUUAGAAAUUGAAACUAAAAUGAAAGAAUUACAAAAUAAGGAAAACCUGCUCCAAAAAGAAAGAGAAAGUAAAGACCUAGAGAUAGAAAAGCUCAAAGAGUAUCUUGACGCAGCAAAAGGUGAUCUUACAAAGCUUAAAGAAGAUAAUUUCGGAAAUGAUCAACAAAAUACUGAAAAUAAUGAUCUAAACAGACAGAAAUCUCAGUUAGAUGAUGAAAUAGCAGCAAUAAAGGCACAAAUUGAGAAUCAGAAGUACCAGAUUACUUAUUCUCAAGCUCAAAUGGGUGUUUUUGAACAAAGAAAAGAAAACAUAAAGCAGAACCUCAAUGGUGUUAAAGAAAGAUAUGCUUUGCAUCGUGAAAAAGUUCUUAACAUCAGUGACUUCAAUAUGACUCUCGCAGACAUGGAAUCUUCUAAUGAAGCAAUAAAGAAAAGAAUUGCUGAUACUGAAAGCAAAAUCAAAGUUAUUGAAGAGAAAAUACAUGUAACAAUGGAAGCAUGUAACAAAGAACAAAAAGAUAUUUAA